UAAAAACAAAUUUAUUAUUUUCGAUUAACUUUAUAUUGUAUAAUUAUAAAACUGUUUUAUCGACAUAGCAGAGAAUAAAUUGCUUAUAGUUUUCAGGUCGUUUACUCGCAACUUUAUCGAUAUGGUAAAUUACAUCAAGUAUACUCGUAUAUAUACAUUAUAAUUUAUUAAUUGUAGCGUAAUUUAUAUAUCGUUUUUAUAGAAAAUUUUUAUAUCAAUUAAAAAAAAAAUGUCUUGUUAUAGAUACAUAUUAUACAUGAAUUUAAUAAGAGAAAAUUAAUAUAUUUCAAAUUUGAUUUAUGUUUUACGUAGUACACAAUGACUAUAGAGGGCACUACAUUGUUCUUUAACGGUUAUUCUUCUUUUUAAUUUUUUUGAAGGAAGAGCUCCCGCCUUAUAUGAAAGGACGAUAAACGUCAAAGACAAAAAUGCAGUCCUUCCAAGGCUUAUCAAUCUUAUCAUAAAUUACCAACGAUAUAAAGACUUCUUACGAAUAUGUAUCAAAAAUUUUACAUCGUGUUGGAUCGUGUUAUAUGAACGAGCGACGAAGAGAAGUCCAUCAAAGAAGUCAAGCUUUCCGUGGAGGAAAUACGAGAAGGGUGCAUGCCGCCAAUGAAUUCGAGCUCCGCCUACCAAGCUGUGGUAGGAAACAACCCCUAAGUAUCAAAAGCCGCGCAGGACUGUUUUCGACGUCACGAUGUGGGCGUAGACAGAUCGGAGACACAACCCCUCGGAAGAGAGAGAGAGAGAGAAAGAGAGGGAGAGAGAGAGGAAGAGAAAGAGAGAGAGAGAGAGAGAGAGAGAGGACGUAGUCUAGGAAAACGGGGGAUGUCUUUUCCGCGUCUACCCGAAAUCAAAUCACUCGAUUCGGAAUCAGUUCUCUUCUUGAACUUCGUGACGUUCGCGGUGACAGAAUCGAAUCGAAAGCACAUCGAGAGAAUUUCUAUAUCUAUCGCUCGUUCUUCUUCGUAUAUAUUUUUGCAUCCGUUAAUAUUUCUUCUUUUUUUUCUUUCUUGUUGCGUCAGGGUGUUGGUGGUUCAUCUUUCUCUUUCUCCUUUUCUUUCGCUUUCUCUUUUGCUUUCGUUUUCUCUUUUUCUUUCUGUCACAUUUAAAUCUUUCAUUCUGGUGAAUCUCUUCAUAACGAGCACGAUAAGUCUUGGAUAAUAAAGAAAGUGUAAUAAACGGUUAACGAUGAACCUCCCCGAUCAGGAGGUACCCGCUGCUACCGCAAAUUUGGGGAGAUUGCCAUCGGAUGACUAUGGAAGAUUAGCUGUACCGGUGCAAACGACGAGCAGCGACUAUUGUUCUCACAAUAAUUAUUCAACGUCUCAGACGACGAACGACGAGAAAACCCAAGCUGGAAAUGAAUUAUAUCCUCCUCAAGAUUAUACGAGACAAGAGUCUUGGCUUCAUGAUGGUAGCAGUUGCGAAACAGAGGGAAGCGAACAGUACGUGCCAGAGUUUCAUCAAAUACCAAAUGGUUGCGUAAAACAGGAAUCGGGGAAUUGUGAAAGGUCCCGGGAAGCUCUUUACCAUCCUCAAUACACAAUUUCCGUCGCACAUCCAUCCACCCUUAAUACUAAUUUUCUCGAUAUAAAUCCCAGUACUCCAGCUGAUUGUUUCGUAAACAAUAGGCUAAGUCCGCAGAAAAGUGAAUCUUUAAAGAAUGUUGCCGUAAAAGAAGAACCGACUGAUAAAGGUUAUCUCGAGCCGGUUUCUGUUUCCACUAUUUCGUCUUCGAUAACUCAGAGCUCUCAAAAUGUAAACAGCUUGGUUUAUCCGCAACAACAACAACAAUACGGGAUUGGUACCAGAGAAAGUAGAAGUUCACCGAUACCCAGUCGACCAGCCAGUGCUUUUUCCGGUACAUCGCAAUGGCAACCACCUAUUUCGACUCCGUCAGAAAGUUUUUUACCGCGACAAGAAAGCUGGACGUCCGAUGGCUAUGGAAAACGUAGUAUAACUCCGACCUGGACCGAAUUAGGAGUUCAAGCGGAAUCGAGAAAUUCGUCGUGGGAACGACAAAAUAAUUGCUUGCAAAAACGAGGAUCACCAUCAUCUUCAUGGAGCUCGGAAUACAUUAGCAAGAGGCCAUCGUCGACUAGUGCGACAACUACUUGGAGCGAUGUGACAGUUGGCUAUCAACAACAAAGACGAGGAUCUCUUCAGCUUUGGCAAUUCCUUGUCGCACUGUUGGAUGAUCCAACGAAUGCACCUUGUAUCGCUUGGACCGGUCGUGGCAUGGAAUUUAAACUUAUCGAGCCGGAAGAAGUAGCGCGUAGAUGGGGUGUUCAAAAAAAUCGACCGGCAAUGAAUUAUGACAAAUUAAGUCGUUCCUUAAGGUAUUAUUAUGAGAAGGGGAUAAUGCAAAAGGUGGCAGGAGAAAGAUAUGUUUACAAAUUCGUAUGCGAUCCGGAAGCUCUUUUUAACAUGGCUUAUGGAACUGGAGGAACUUCUGCGCUUUCCACCGAAGUCCAUAGUAGCAUGGUAAGAACGCACACAAUGUCGGGAAAGACGUGUACCACAAGUGACAUAACCGAGCUUGGUAAACAUUCUACAACCGGUUACGGUGAUGCUGUUCUUGCUAUGUAUUCGAACACGGCUGCAGUUUAUGGACCUUCCACUUUGCAUCAUCUACAUCAAUACUUGGGUGCUAACGAAGAUUUUAAAACACCGACUACCAGAUAUCAUGCGCAUUACUCUGCGCAAUACGAUAAUCACCAUCAUCAUCAUCACCACCAUCAUCAUCAUCAUGCUACUUCAGCUUAUUCAGAAACUUUUAUAAAUUAUGGUCGAUUAUCGACGCUAGAACAUCCCCUUGACAUCAGAUCCCAAGAACAACCAAAUAAAACUUCGUAUAAUCAUGAAGGAGAGAAUAUCAAUAGAGAACGAGAAAACUUACCGAUCAGCUACGACGAUACGCAGAGAUCACAGUUACCAGCACCGUCGGCAACAACGGAAACUACAAUAUUGGACAGCAGUACGAAUUCGAAAAUUGAACAAGCACCAUACGCUUGUUUAGGCGUUGGUAGCUGCGUUUGUUGAAGAUAUACAAAUUUCUUCCCUAUCCUGAAUAUUCAUCGAUAACGAGUUGAAUGUUCUUUGUCGAAAAAAAAAGAAACAAAAAAAAUAAGUUUCCUUCACCAGCGAAUUUUUCGUAGAACCCCGUGUAAAUAUAUUUAUUCUUUUGCAUAAGUCUUCGAUGAGAUGGGAAAGAUUUGUUUAAUUAGAAAUUAUUAUUUUGUCGAAAUGAAGAUUGAACGUAAUAGAACAUUCUCUAGAUAGAAAAUUUCGUUUUUCUUUUUUUUUUUGUCAGAUCUGAUACGAUAUGUUGUAAUUUAUUCUGUAAAUAGGCUAAUAUAAUAAUUAACUUUAGCAGGCUUUGUUACUCGAAUUAAUUGUAAGUAUAUCGUCUGUGGAGUUGAAAUAAUCAUAAUUCGAGAGCCUCGAAAAAUACGUACGUAUAUAUAAUAAUAUUUAUCGAUAGAC